AUGUAUUUCUUUAGAAAAUCAAAUAAUACAACCCAAAACCAAUAUACAACCAAACAUGAAGACGACGAGUUUGUCAUGGUUAAUAAUGGUAUUACUCAAUCGGGAUGGGUUGAUGUAAAUAAUAGUAUAGUCGAACCAGACAAGAGUACUCUUCCAAUCUAUCAAAUUCGUCGUCAAGAAUUACAAGACGAACAAGAGCAAGAAGAAGAACAAGAGGAAGAUCAAAUCAUUCAACAACCAGAAAGAGCAGUAGUAGUAGAACUUUUACCAGUUUCAAUUGUAAAGCAAUCAUCUAUUAUUGAUCAAGUUGCUUUUGAUCAAGAAGAAGAAGAAAAAGAAACUGAAACUAUAAAGGUAAAAGAAGAAGAAAUUAUAAUUCAACAAGAAGAACCACAACCACAACCACAACCAGAACCAGUUGCAGUCGUAGUAGUACCAAUAGUACCAGCUCAAGUUAUAAAAGAAGAACAACAGGAACAAGUAACACCAGUUAUACCAUUUUCAACAAAGAGUCAAUCUGGAAACAGUUAUUCUAGCAGUACUACCAAUUUUAGUCCAUUUUUCAAGAGAGUUUCAAGUGGAACGUCAUUGUAUUCCACUACUGGAUCCAACGUUGGAUCACCAAACGGCGUUUCAAGAGUGUCAUCCAACACCUCCUAUUCAUCGUCAUCGACUGAAGUCAAGCCAUUUUCUUCUGCUAGUGUAGCCACUACCUCUUAUUCAUCUUAA